CAGCAGAGUUCGCGCCGCCGGGAGGGUAAGGGUAAAAGAAAAAGAAGCGGCAAACAAUUCUAACAUUCUACACUCUACUCUUGAGCUCGAGCUAUCUAUCCCUUCCUUUCUGUUUUCCAUCAAUGGUGAUCGGCACUUCUUCGAGGGUUUUCAACGGUAGCAGCCAUCUCUCGUCGUUGGCUCCACCGACAUCUCCGGGACACCGAAAACCAAGUUCGAUUUUCCCUUCGAAUGCUUUCCUCCGCUUCUCUUCUCCCUCUCCUCGCCGAUAUUGCUCUUGCAGCAUCUCUGAACCGAAGAUGAGGAAAGACGACGCCCGAGUGUUCGAGCUCUCGAAUUUGACGGCCUUGUCGCCGUUGGACGGGCGGUACUGGAGUAAAGUGAAGGACUUGUCUCCUUACAUGAGCGAAUAUGGUCUCAUAUACUACCGCGUUCUUGUUGAGAUUAAAUGGUUGCUGAAGCUUUCACAGAUUCCUGAAAUCUCGGAGGUCCCUGAGUUUAGCCAGGAUGCUCACUCGUUUUUGGAAGCAGUGAUCGAUGGGUUUAGUGUGGACGAUGCUAUGCAAGUUAAAAACAUCGAGAGAACGACCAACCAUGAUGUGAAAGCUGUGGAGUACUUCUUAAAGGAGAAAUGUGGAUCACAUCCUGAGAUUGCUAAGGUGUCAGAGUUUUUCCACUUUGCUUGCACCUCGGAGGAUAUAAACAAUCUUGCACAUGGAUUGAUGCUGAAAGAGGCAUUAAGUGGUGUCAUUUACCCUGCCAUGGACGAAUUGAUCAAAGAGAUAUCUAGCAUGGCUGAUCGAUAUGCUUCGAUUCCUAUGCUUUCUCGCACUCAUGGACAGCCAGCGUCACCAACAACAUUGGGAAAGGAAAUGGCUGUGUUUGCUGCCCGGCUGAGCGAUCAAAGGCAAGAAAUUUCUCAAGUUAAGAUAAAAGGAAAGUUUGCUGGUGCAGUUGGAAACUACAAUGCUCACAUUAGUGCAUAUCCCGACAUUGACUGGCCUCAGAUUUCCAAAGAGUUUGUUGAAUCUCUUGGGUUAUUUUUCAAUCCUUAUGUUACUCAGAUUGAGCCGCAUGAUUAUAUGGCUAGGCUUUUUUAUGGAAUCACUUUGUUCAAUACAAUAUUGAUUGGUUUUGAUAGGGAUAUCUGGGGGUAUAUAUCCAAUGUGUACUUCAAGCAGAUAACAAAAGCUGGUGAGAUUGGGUCGUCAACUAUGCCUCACAAAGUAAACCCCAUCGACUUUGAAAACAGCGAAGGUAAUCUGGGGAAAGCUAAUGGAAACUUAUCGCAUCUAAGUGAGAAGUUGCCCAUUUCACGUUUUCAGCGGGACUUGACCGAUUCAACUGUUCUCAGGAACAUGGGUGAAGGCCUGGGACAUUCUCUUUUGGCCUACAAGAGUACAUUGCAGGGUAUUGGAAAACUUCAGGUUAAUGAAGCUCGCUUGGCUAAAGACUUGGACCAGUGGUGGGAGGUGCUUGCAGAACCCAUACAGACAGUGAUGCGACGAUAUGGUGUACCAGAGCCAUACGAGAAGCUGAAAGAGCUGACAAGGGGAAGAGAUGUCACGAAAGAUAGCAUAAGAGAGUUCAUCGAAGGCCUGGAGCUGCCUGAAGAAGCUAAAUCGUACCUGCUGGAGUUGACACCCCACAACUACAUUGGAGCAGCUGCCGAACUGGCCAGGACUGUUGGUCUUCCUGACAAUGUGGUGAUUGGGGUCAGAGCUUUAAACUGGCUGAGUAUGGAAAACUGUGCUAUGGGAAUGAGCAAACCGUGUGAUUGAUGGCCUGGCUAGAUGAUGUCAUACCCUGUUAUGCAGAUGCUGUGACUGAAAUUGAAUUAGUUAAAUCCACAUGCAGGUUAGAGGAAUCCGAGCAACUCCAUAACCGAUUUCACCAAGCUAUAAAGCAGGACUCAUGGGGUGAAUCGGAAGUUCGAACUCAAUUUUGAUUCUCGUGGCUUGCAGUCAAGUGUACUAAGGCAGCGAAGGAUGAAUAACAAUAUCUUGUGGCAAAGUUCUGCAUUUGUCUAUGUAAGAUUACGUGGGGAGUUUGCUUCAACUUGAUUUUGAUAUCUGUUACUGUAGAUUCUUGGAAGCAAAAAAUGCAGGAUUUGGCUGAUAACGUUAUUGUUCAGAUUUGUUUUGGUUGAAACGUAUUUAUGAAGCGUAUGGGGUUAUGAUAACUGACAAUGGCAAGUUGAUUGGCACAUGGCCCAAGAAGAUACCAGAAUGCAGUUAGCUGCUAAUGAACUACAUGCCAUGCAUUCUUUCUUACGUAAUGCAGACUGACACAGAAGUGGAAACGCAUCAUAUAGACAAGCGAAAGCGUAAAUAUGGUUGUGUUCGUUAAUACUGGAAUUAGGGCAAGGGGCACAAUUGCAUUAUCUCUAUGAGGAAGGGGUUAGAGCACGCAGAGCCACAAAUACAUUGAGCGAUGGCAAUUUAAGCCGCCCCAGUCCGCGCUAUCCGUUCAUCACAACCCCAUCCAUCAUCCACGUGUCAUUACACAGUGAACUGCUUAUCUAUCUCCUCCCCCCUCCCCCAACAAACCAACUUGCAGAGCAACUGAAAGAAGCCAAAAGCACUUUGAGCCCAGCCACUGUGUUUUUGGGGAACUUUACUGAAGUUUUUGCAGAGAUUUCCAAUCUAGAAUGGAGACUGGUAUAGCUUACUGUGGUCGUGGGGUAUUCAUGCCUUCACAGCAUUCGAAAUCUUUGGUCUCUCCUUCAUCCAUCUCCCCUUCCUUCAGCUCCAGGAGCCUGAAGUCAAGCUCACUGUUUGGAGAAGCUUUGAAGUUGGUUCCAAGAUCAUCAUCAUCAUUUAAGGUUUCCAAGGCAAAGAGCACUUCUCUUAUCACCAGAAGUGAGAUUGGUGAUAGUCUGGAAGAGUUUUUGAAGAAGGCAACAACAGACAAGGGACUGAUGAGGGUACUGACUUGCAUGGGAGAGGCAAUAAGGACAAUUGGAUACAAAGUUAGGACUGCUUCUUGUGGAGGAACUGCCUGUGUCAACUCCUUUGGAGAUGAGCAGCUUGCUGUUGAUAUGCUUGCUGACAAGUUGCUCUUUGAGGUCACUACUUAUUCUGAACAAUAGUUACCAAUUUUUGGAUUGCUGAGACUUCAAAGAUCCUAUCUUUUCCGUUUGCUUCUCAUCAUUAUUAUAUAUAGGCCUUGGAGCACUCUCACUUCUGUAAAUAUGCUUGCUCUGAGGAAGUCCCUGAGCUUCAAGACAUGGGAGGACCUGUUGAAGGUGGGUUCAGUGUUGCCUUUGAUCCACUGGAUGGAUCCAGCAUUGUGGACACCAAUUUUGCAGUUGGCACCAUCUUUGGAGUGUGGCCAGGAGAUAAGCUAACUGGGGUUACAGGAGGAGAUCAAGUGGCUGCCGCCAUGGGGGUUUAUGGUCCUCGAACUACAUAUGUUCUUGCAAUCAAGGGUUUCCCUGGCACUCAUGAGUUCCUCCUUCUGGAUGAAGGAAAAUGGCAGCAUGUGAAGGAGACCACCGAUAUCGGUGAAGGCAAACUAUUCUCACCUGGCAACUUGAGAGCAACAUUUGACAAUCCUGAUUAUGACAAGCUGAUCAACUACUAUGUCAAGGAGAAGUACACCUUGAGAUACACAGGAGGAAUGGUGCCGGAUGUUAAUCAGAUCAUUGUGAAAGAAAAGGGCAUCUUCACCAACGUCAUAUCGCCAACUACCAAGGCGAAGCUGAGGUUGCUGUUCGAGGUAGCUCCACUAGGGCUCUUGAUUGAGAAUGCUGGAGGUUACAGUAGUGACGGCCACCAAUCUAUUCUAGACAAGGAGAUCAAGGAACUCGAUGAAAGAACUCAAGUUGCUUACGGGUCCAAAGAGGAGAUAAUCCGGUUUGAAGAAACUCUAUACGGGAAGUCGAGGCUCAAGGAGGCUGGUGGUGUACCUGUUGGAGCUGCUGCUUAAAACAUUCCAAUACCACUGCUAGCUGCUCCUGCUUUGUCGAGCAAGAAAUUUUAAACUAUCUUGUACACAACUUGUCUCAAUAACUAGCAUAUCAGCCAGAUCACAUGUCGCAGAUGGAACUGAAAUGGUUUCACAUAUGAUGGAAGUGUAUUGCAGUAAUGAUCUGGUAUUUUGUCCUUCUGCUAUGAUUCAUUGGCUUAAACAUAGAGAUCUAUAUGCCAAAGGGCAUGCCUUACAUUUAUCUGACAAAUGAAGAGCUGACCAGGAAGGCAAGAAAAUCAUUAUCAUACCACAUGACUCAUACAAAUCCAAAUGGUGUUCUCUGAAGCAAGAUUCCCAUAGCGUUGGAUUUUCCACCAUUUCUCAUAUAAUUUCGACAAAUACCAUUAUGUUAUUAUCAAAGCAUAUGCUGCUUUUAUCAGCAUAAACUAUGUACGUCCUUGAGCAAAUCAAUCUUUUCUGUCUGCUAGCAACCUCAAGUUCCAUCCCCAAUAAGGAUUACCUGCCAAUGCCAGGGAGUGCCUCAGCCAGAAACACAGAGACAGCAAAUUGCAGUACAAUAUCAGAUGAGGGACAAGACAGCCAUGGAACUCGAUUCCGAACACUUGAAAUGGCGUGGUAGUGUGAGAGCAAUCGUGGAUGCACCUAUAGACAAAGUGUGGGGCAUGGUUUCACAGACCAAGAGACUCCCAGAGUGGAUGCCAAUGGUUGAGAGGUGCACAGACCUCGCCGGAGAAGAAGGGCAGGUGGGUUAUGUGCGGUUAGUCUCCGGGUUCAUGUUCCCUCAAGAAGAUGGUGAAAGAUCAUGGAUCAAGGAGAAGUUGAUCUCCAUUGACCCAUCAUCCCACAGCUAUGCUUACAAGAUGGAAGCCAGCAAUGUUGGUCUGGAUGGUUCUGUGAACAAGCUCAAGCUUGUUGAUUAUGGGGGCCAAGGAUCAAGUACACUAGUUGUCUGGUCAUUUGAGAUAGACCCUUUGGAAGGUGUAUCUCAAGAUGAUAUUAUAGACUUUUUGGGGUUUGUUUAUAAGUAAACCAUUGCUAGGAUUGGUAAUGCCAUUCAAGCUGGAGCAACCCUAGCCUAAACAAUUCCUUGAAAGAAAAACACCACAUCUCCCUUGUAAGUUCACUCACCUAUUGACACGCGUUGCACACAUGUCAGUCUUCUUGGUUCGUGUUUCAAACAGGCCGAGAGCACAAUACUUUAGUGGUUAUCAUAUUGUACAUUGCCAUAAACAGUGAUAUGUCAUGAAAACAG